AUGAUCUUAUGUGCGAAAGUAGUGUAUGAACUGUUGUCAUUAAGAAUAGACAAUGUUGUUCGUGAAAACAAUAAUCUAAAAUCUGAGCUUAAGGAAACCAAGGCAGUUGUUUAUAGACUCGAGAAUAAAAUCGAAAGAAUGGAAGCAAACGUUUCAUUUACAGCAAGUAGAGUGACAAGUUAUGAGGAAGAAAAUUCAACAACUUUAUUAAAUGAAAAGAUCCAGGCUUUUGAAGAUUUAUCUGCGACUCGACUUCAAAAACAAUUUAAGACAGAAGCAAUUUUAUUGCGGAAAAUGCUAGUUAACGAGAAGUCACACAUGAAAGAUAAAUUGAUGACAUUUGAACAAAAGUUUAACAGCUUCCAGUCGGAUCUCGUAAAUAAUUUAAAUGAAAUGAAUACCUCAAUAGAAACCACUGUUGACAAUUUAGAAAAAACGAUUUCUGAACAUAACAUAACAACAAUUACUAGACUAGUGGCAAUUGAGGACAAACUUCAAAGUCAACUAAAUGAAACAGACCUCCUCGUACAAGAAAUGAAUGAAGACUUCGAGAAUAAACUAACAGAAUCGGACAAAAGAAUUAAAGAAGGGAACAUAAAAUUAGCUGAAAAUAUCACUGAAGUUGACCAGCGUCUCACUUCUGCCAAGUCGAAUUUUCAAAGUACAUUCAGUGGUCUAAACAACCGGGUGUAUACCGCUGAGUCAGUCUCGUCAAGUUUGCAAAGUACAUACAGUGGUUUAAACAGCCGGCUCAAUAGCGCUGAGAGUAAACUUCGAUCAGUCUCUUCACAGCAAGACAGACAGGACAACACAUUUUCUGGUCAAAUCAGUGCUUUAAGCAGCCGAAUCUCUGUGGAGGAAGGAAGAAAGGUUGCAUUUUCAGCAACUGACUAGGGCAGAUAGUUAUUAUGUCAAGAGCGAAAAAUUAGUGUUUGAUGAAAUUAUGUAUAGUUAUGGCGGAGGAUAUAGCUCCUCAACGGGGAUAUUUACAGCGCCAAAAUCAGGAACUUAUUUGUUUACUUAUAAUAUAGAGUCAACGACAUCAGGAAACGCACAUGUAGUUUUGAGAAUAGAUUAUGGAUAUUCAUCACAAGCUUUGGUAAAAACAGGACCAUGGAAACGCAGGGAUUGGUUAUGUUUUGAAAGGGGAAAAGGUUUGGGUUCAGACUGCUUCAUUAGAGAAUAAGUAUUACAUAGGGGCUUACAGGACAACCUUUAAUGUGUGAAGGAAGCAAGAAGCUUAUAGACUAACUUUCAAAUCUGCUCCUGAAACCAACAAGUACAAAGAAAUGAGUGUUAAGUUUCUUGCCUAAGAAUAAUACGUAUUUCCCUUGAGAAGGUUUAAACCAAAAGCGGCCGGAAAACUGAUUACUUUUAAGAGUAUGGUUCCCGAUGGUUAAAAAGUGUGAGUAUAACGUUAUGCAGUAAAUGAGUCAAGAUUUUAAUGGCAGCACAGUAGUUAACGAAACAUGAUGUUCAUGAGAUUUAACUAUAAACCUGAAAAGAAUGAUGUGAUGUAAUUAAAAUUUUGUUAUAUCUCCUUUCUGAAUAAUGACUUUUUGACAUCACCUAGACAGUCUAUGGCAGCUUCUGGAUAUACAUGUAGUUUGAUGGCACGCAUGUAGCAAUUGGGCCAUGCAUGUAGAUAGUCUGAGGAUGGUUCAUCAGCCCAUUUAGGCGCAAAAAGAAGCUUUUAUUGUCGAGUAGGACUCCGAGCAUGUCAUCAGUCAUGCAUUUAUAGGAUUAAUGUUGAAGCACAAAGUGUUAUAAGUAAGCAUGAUGCAAUUUCGAAGGAGUAUUAGCCACGUUUAUGAAAUUUGAGCCAAAAGUAGGUCACUUUACGUACGGCGACGAAUAUUGAAAUUGAAAUACAUUGUACAGUAACCUGACACAGUAUGAAUAGGAUGAGGUAGGAAUAAAAGGUGUUUUAUGCCAGCAAAGGGCAAGGCUGUUCAAGCCGUUAAACCGAACUAGGUACUCCUUUGUGUCCUUCCUCAUCGUCCCAUCAUACUUUUUAGGGACACUCCCCUCAGCUCCCCUGAGGACAUCAUUAGUUCGUUCGCACGAUAUCAGUAUCGUUUUUUUCUUUCUUUCUUUCUUUCUUUCUUUCUUUCUUUCUUCGUUGCUGUGUUGUUGUUUUGUUUUGUUUAUUUUUUUUUUGCCGUCUAAAGUAUUUAUUCUCAUCUCCUGCCGAUGCUCUGUGCCUUCUCAACGACGUGCAAAUGCUGAGGGGAAGAGAGAAAAGGCAAUUGGGCCUUCAAGGCACUAACGUUAUGUAUGGGAUAAAGAUGUUUAAACGUGUUUUUAUCUGUUGUAAACAUCUUUAAUUGAGGUGCAGGAGGUGAGGAGGCCAACUGAGCUGUGGUCUUUGGUUUGUACGUUUCCAUUUCUCGAACUGCCAGGACCAGAGACAGGGAGCAUUAUCAUUCUAAGACAGUAAGGUAUCGAUAACAAACACGCAAUAAAUUUUCACAUAUUACAGUCUAGAAUGUCUCAAUGUAUUGUUUAGAAUUCGCGGUACGAUUUACAAAUCUAAUGUCUUAAUUCCAGAAUAAGUAAUGGAACCCCAGACAAUAAUUUUAAUGGAUGACUGAGAUCCGUCAGCAACGUACCGGUAUUUAAAGCGUUCAGGUCGCCACUUUUCGAGCUCUUUCUCCAAACUUUUGUUAUCCUCGCAACAAUCAUUUCAUUACUAAAAUUAACAUUCUUCUAUUGAUUGAUUAUUGUCCAUCAUACUAUACCCAUACACCUUAUUCCAAUUAACAGUCCUUAUUCUAUUUUCAAUAUUUAUUGCCGUUUUUAUUAAAAAAAAUGAGGUCUCUCCUGUACAGAUUGAGUAGAAAGUCUCACAUGUGAUAUUUCAUUAAAAUUACAGUUAAAACACUUCAAGGUAGUUUUUAAAAUCCUUACCUUAGAAGAGUUUUUUUACAAUUAUUGGACAUAAACUUUUUCUCAAUUUGUCAAUCGCCUACAAAGUAAGUAGACUUCUCUCGACAAGUAUGUAAUACUUAAUAACUGUUAAGUUUUUCCUUAAUGCAUCAUUUAUAACACUUAUAGUUUAAGAGCAGUACUUAACCUGUUAAACACGUGAUGACUUAAGGACAAUUCAAAAGGAAAAGGCGCAUGUUUAUAGUAAUAGUACGAAGUUCUUUAUUGUGUGAAAUGAUCGUUUUUAUUUUCUAUGGAAGCAAAUGUGGCCAUUUUUAACGGUACAAAUUUAUAUAACCUACAACUCAAAACUAUUUAAAUUUAUAUGUAAAGCAAGGCUCAUUUAGACAAAAUCAAAAUAAUGACUUUAUUUCGAGGGCUACAACAUAAAAUAGCAAAUUUCCCUAAUGAUUUAUGUUCGAAUCACUUGGCCUUCACCGCUUUGAUAUUUUCAUCAUGUCUUGUAAUUUUGCCGCUAAUUUAUAGCCUUUAACAGCUUUGCAAGAAAAUCAUGUAAUGACAUGAUGUGCUUUUACUGAAUAAGAAAAAUGAGAAUUUAGCCGGUGUAAGACGAUUUAAAGCAACAUAUCACAUUAUGUCGCUAUGUUUAAAACUGUUCUUGUCCCCAAGGUACACCAUACAUUUGAAUUUGGAAGACACGAGAGUCAGCUUUAUAUAGAAAAGUGCUUGUCCAUGGUAUUGAAACCAGUUUCGGGAUAUAACAAAAAGGCGCAGAACUAAAAAUGUCUUAUUUUAUUAGUUUAAGUAUUGGACUUUUAUUAUCAUUGUGUUAUCAUGUAACAUGUGCAGAGUCGGAAUUAAGAUCAAAAGUAGUGCAUGAACUGUUAUCAUGAAGAAUAGACGAACUGUUGUCAUCAAGAAUAAACAAUGUCGUUCGUGAAAACAAUAAUCUAAAAUGUGAACUUAAGGAAACUAAGGCAAUUAUUGAGAGACUCGAGAACAAAGUCGAAAGUAUGGAAAUGAAUGUCUCGCUAAUAGCAGGUAAAGUGAAAAGAUAUGAAAAAGAAAAUUCAAAAACUCUGUUAAAUGAAAAGAUUCAGGCUUUUGAAAAUUUAUCUGCGUCGCAACUUCAAAAGCAAUUUAAGACAGAAGCAAAAGUAUUGAGGAAAAUGCUUGUUAACGAGAAGUCACACAUGAAAGAAUAAUUGAUAGCCUUUGAAGAAAAGUUUAAAAGUUUCCAAGCGGAACUCGUAAAUAAUUAAAGUGCAAUGAAUACCACUGUUGACAGUUUAGAAACUUUAAUUUCCGAAAAAAAACCAUAACAACAAUCACUAUGCUAGUAGCAGUAGAGGACAAACUCAAAAGUCAGUUAAAUGAAACAGACCUUCUCAUACAAGACAUGGAAGUAGACUUUGAGAGUAAACUUCGAUCAGUCUCGUCAAAGCAAGACAGACUUGAAGAUACAUUUUCUGAUCAAAUCAGUGCUUUAAGCCAAAUAGCAUCCAAACAAGUCGUCUAUCCCUUGCCGAGUUUAAUCUGCAAAGUACAUACAGUGGUCUCAACAACCGGCUCCAUAUCGCCGAGAGUGAACUUCGAUCAGUCUUGUCAAAGCAAGGUAAAACAAUUAUAAAUAUCUUGUUUAUACUUAUAUACAGUUUGGUGCCAAUAAAGCAAUUUCAAAUUAAAUUUUCACGAAAAAGAGCAUCUGCAUAAGAAUUGAUUUGCAGAAUACUAUAUGCCUACUGGUAAUUUUUGUCUUUAGUUCUGCUUUGUAAUCAGAGUAACAAUGUGAAUCAUUAAACAAUCCUGAUAUUUCAGCUUCAUCCAUACGGUUUCUUUACCGUUCUUACAAAUUUAAGUCCUGGGUUUGUCAUUUUACAUAAAACGUAAAGUAUUAAACUUGUUUACAUAUAACGAUAAAAUGUAUAGCUAUUCUAGCAAUAUACAGCAUUGUUGUUGUAUUUUUGGUAAGUGGUCAGAUUAUAAUGACAUACAUGUUAUACUAACUUGAUGUUUGCUUUACCUUAGUACUCUACAAUGUAAGUGGUUAACAAAACAAGAUACAGUAAAUUAUCAGUGAAGUCUAGUUUUAUUAAAAAGUUUUUUUUUUUAAACAAACAAUUUUUAAAUCAAUUUAGUAUUUCUAUUGUUUUAUAACGAUGAUUUAGCAAGAUCUUAUCUAUUAUUAUAAAUCCAUUGCUAGCAUUUUUAAGCACAGAAUAUUUCUUUUUUUUAAAAAAAAAAAAAAAAAAAAAAAAACAAACUAACAUUGAUUUAUCAUAAUAAUUUACAUGUGUUAUAUAAUAUAUGGCUCGUGAAUGCAGAGGGGUCAGAUUUCAAGAAUAUUUAGUGUUAAGGUGUGGGGCGUGGCCCUUUCCUCCUGUGGUGAUAGUAGUGAUGUCAUCCUGGGGGUCUGCAUGCGCUGGGGGGAGGUAUCUGACUCCCUCGGUAUUGGACCUUGGUGUAGCAGUACUCAUGCUAUCCAGGUUCGUUAGGUUCAAUAUUCUUUUUAGUCUGAUGUCGCUGUAUUCAUUCUUUUAUCAAUCGUUCAUAUAUUUUCUGUUGUAAAGUAUGACAACAAAACAAUGAAAAUCAUCAAUAUGCAUUUAAAGUAGCUUUUAAUAUUUAUUUAUGAGUUUAUGUUAAAAGGCACAUUAUUUCUUACACAUUUAUAUAUUGAAGACAAUUUUAAUGUAUGACAAUAAUAUUGUAAAGUGAGUUUUAAGGAUCUUUAAGUUAUAUUGUAUUAAUAUGUAAAAAUAAUUCCAUAAUUUAUACUUUUAAUUAGUUAAUGCAAAAUAUUUUUAAUGUUCAUAAUCCUGUUCAUUUAUAUUGUUUUAGACAUAUAUGAUUGAUGUAAAGCGCCUUUGAACAUUUUAAUGAAAAGGGCGCUAUAUAAAUGUGGUAUUUAUUAUUAUUAUUAAGUCCUUUUGUCAUUACGAGUUUGUGAGUAUAUUCAUCCAUGAUUGAGUUUUAGUAAAUAAGAAACAUGUUAUAUAUAUAUAUUUAUAUUUAAUCAUGAUCAUUACAGACAGACUUGAAGACACAUUUUCUGAUCAAAUCAGUUCUUUAAGCCAAAUAAUCUCUGAAGAGGAAGGUUAGUUCAUGGAUCAUAUUAAUUAUUAAACACAAGUGUUUUUUGUUGUUUUCUUUUGUUUGUUUGUUGUUGUUUGUUUGUUGUUGUUGUUGUUUUUUGUUGGCAUUGUGCUUUCUAUAGAAGUCCAUAUUUUAAAUUAAUAUCUACUUGCCAUCAUGAGCGGUCCUAUCUCAAUAUGCACUUGAUCUAUUAAAGAAGAUACUUAGGACAUUCUUUUCAUAAACAACUAACAAAAAUUAGAUACUUUUUAAUCCAAGUUAUGUAAUAUCAAAAUCAAUUAUUCCUUUAUCUGUUAAUGCUCAACAAAAGUUAUUUGAUUCAAUUUCAGCCCGAAUGAUUGCAUUUUCAGCUAGAAUGACCAAGGGGAAUGACGAUAACAACGCUUUAGGAAGGUGCAAAAUAAUAGUGUUUAAUCAAGUUUUAUAUAGUUAUGGCGAAGGAUUCAACUCCGCGACGGGGAUAUUUACAGCGCAAAAAUCAGGAACUUAUUUAUUUACAUAUAAUAUAGAAUCACAAUCUAGAGAUAAAGCCCAUUUGGAUUAAAUGAUAAAUGGUAGUGUUACAACUCGAGCUAUAAGUAACGGUCAAUAUGUUACUGGCGGAAACUCGGGGAUUGGUUAUGUCUUGAAAGGGGAAAGGUUUGGGUACAUACUGCUUCAAAUGAGAAUUUCUAUUACAUCGGGCCUUACAGGACAACUUUUAAUGGUAUUUUUAUUGGCUGACCUAAAUCACCAUGCAUGUAGGGGUGUUAUACAGCUUGAUCAACGUGAUAUGAUUAUAGAUUCCUUCUGACUAAAUUUUUCACGUUUACUUUAUUUAGAGCAAUGCUAGGAGCUUGUUUUUAUAGAUUUAAAUUCGCACCCAAAGUCUCGGACAUUGUUUAAUUAUUCGAUUCUUGUUCCAGUUAAAACAUAUGAAAAAAGAGUGUGUGUUCUAAUUGAAUAUAAAACCAUACAAAUAUGUUUUGGUCGUCUUGAUUGUGAGCAAAGUAAUACUUAUUCAACAAGAUUUAAUUCAAAUUAGUGGUUGAAAUUAUAUUUUUUGCAAUUUUCCACAUUCUAAUACAUCUAAUUAAUUUUAUCAGUAUUAUAUUUGUCAUUUAAUACUUUCACGUUGAAUUUAUAAGCACAAUAAGUUAAGAUUUAAAACAUUAUGUCAACCAAUAUAAUCAGUGUUCGUAAAAUCAGCUUUCAUACCCUUUAUCUGUCGCCCGGUUGCAUCGCGCCAGAAAGUUUUAUACCCAUUAAUGUUGACACAAAUAUUCACCUAUACUAGACCAGGAUAUUGUAAAUAAAUGAUUAGUUAACUAUUGUCUUAUUCAUACAAUCAUUAUUAAGGAUUAAUGUGUAGCUGUCUUAACAAUUGUUCAUGAAUUUUAUAUGCUUUUAUAGAAUUUCGAUUUGCUUUUUUUAGCUACAUUUAUGUAAAUAAAUGACAUUUACACAUA